CGCCGCGCUUGGACACGUUUUGUUCCCGACGUGGGACUGGUUUUCUAUUAAUGGUCAUUGAUUUCGAAUGAUUCGGACUCCUAUGUUCGUGCGAUUAAAUUGUUAACUUGUUUACACGCGGCGACGGAGCUGAAUAAAAGCGACUGGAAUGGAGUGGAAGAAAUCUGUUGAGCGUAUUUGUUGAAACGUAUAGAUGUAUUUGUUGGGUGAGAUUCGGAUGAGUAUAAAUAACUAGACGAUCCGUUAUUUUUUAAUGAGACGUUCGGCUGUGAAAUAGAAGACGACGGGGAACAGUGGAUUUCGAAUAGAAUGGAACAGCGAUUCGUUUCGUUUAUUUGUUAAUGUUCGCGCGACGAGAAUCUACUUGUCGUCGCGUCGCCGGAUUUGAGAGUCGCGCCGAGUCCUCUUCGUCCCGACACGCACGACGUUGGAUGUCAAAGCAAAGAUGGCGUUGAUUCGUGUUGUGUCAGGUGUUUAAAGUUCCUUUAAAAUCCAUCCGGAGUCUGACAUUGCACGCGGCAUUGACACAUCGGCCUGUAAUUUACGCCGUUCACGGUCUCGUCGGGGAUCAUCGGCUGGGAAAGAAACGAGAACGGGUCUGUCAAGAGUCACGUGUAACGUCGGCCGCUGGUCGCAUCUCCGCGCUUAACCUAAGCAGUCGCAAGUGCUGCACGAACGUUUCUCGUAUAACCCGGAACAUCUCGAGAUACACGGUGACUGAUGGUAUUCUCUUUAUCGGGAAAUAUAUCGUGAAUUUUCGUCGGUCGAGCGGAACACGUCCGUCAAGACGGUACGUUGUCCAACGGGAGAAAAUAUUGAGAACGGGGAUCCCAGAAUUCUCUGUAUACGAAAUUCCUCUCUCCUCUCGGCUUUGUUCGCCAAGUGUUCUGUCGUUUUCGAGCUGCUGAUUAUAUUGGAUUGAAUGCUGGUGAAUUUGACACCCGGGUGAAAUGCCUAAGAUAAGAACCAGGCAGCCGAACAGCCUGUGGUUAAGGCAGCGUGAACUGGGCAUAAGGUUUCCACUAGGACAUGCUGAUCGCUUUCAUAAAACGCUCUACUCUUCUAUACAGCCAGUGACCUCUUGGGACCACGCACUGUCCCCUGCUACUCACGGCGGAGUCUUUAACUUGGAAUAUUCUCCGGAUGGUUCACUCUUGUUGGCGGCAUGUGAGAGAAAGACUAUUUUAAUGUUCGAUCCCUUGAGGAGGAGAUUGAUCCAUGCGAUAGAAAAUGCUCACGACGAUUGUGUCAACUGUGUUAGGUUUCUAGAUCAACGUAUGUUUGCGACUUGUUCAGACGAUAGUACAGCUGCUCUUUGGGAUGCCAGGAAUUUAAAGCAGCGAAUUAGAACUCUUAAUGGACAUACAAAUUGGGUUAAGAAUAUAGAAUACAGUCCCAAGGAUAGCUUGCUGUUAACCAGUGGGUUCGAUGGUAGUAUAUACACCUGGGACAUCAAUACAUUUACCGAAAAUAGUAUUCUCCAUACUCGUGUGUUUCACACAAAUGGACUGAUGCGAACUAGACUUAGUCCAGAUGCUAGCAAGAUGUUGAUCAGCACCACUUCUGGAUACCUCAUUAUUAUACACAAUCUUAGGUUAAAAACUCUGUCACAAGAUCUAGCAGGAUUUAGACCAAACAUAUACCGAUUGAUGCAAUCCUCUCAAACCACGAUACCAUACGUCGCGGGCUUCACGCAUCUUUUCUCCCAUUCCCGCACUCACAAUCGAGUAGAAUUCUUAACCGAUUUCCCAGUCGGCGACGACGCGGAGAUAAUAUCCAGCCUGCAGGUGCAUCCUCAGGGAUGGUGUGCACUGUCCAGGAACGUCAGCAGCGGAGAAAAGUCCGAGUGGACGUGCAUCCACGACAUACAAGAGCGCGACUCCAACUCCGGUGACGAAGGCAAAGAGGGCGAGGAGGCUGGUCCCCAGUUCAACGACGUGAAUGUGGACGAAUUCGAGGACUUCCAGCAACCCCAGCCGUCACGAUCAGGUAUCACGUCAUCGUUUUUAAUCGAGAGUCCGAAUCGCGUCAGGGUGCUCCACACGACGAUGUCCGACGCGAGCUCGAACUCGCACGGUUCAUCGGAAAACGCGCAACCGCCUAGGCCCUGGAGGACCGGUGGACAAGGCUCUUCUCGCAGAGUGUCACGGUCGCAGUCGAGAAGUUCGCGUUUCUCGAGGAACUCCGGUUCAUCCGAGUCCCGGGUGGGUGGCGAUAGGGAAGAGGCUAGACAGGAGAACAGGGAUCUCUACAUGGACACUAGCGAGAACGAGAGCAUACACGAGGAGGCCGCCAUCGACACGGACAGGGACUUUGUGCUGGACUUCAGCACGCCGCGACCAAAUUCACUCGUGAAUUACAUAAGACCGAACAUGAUCGACAACUUCCCGACGGGCAACAUAGAGCUGCACGUGAGCACGACGGACGUGUGGGAGGCUCACGUGGCGAUCAGGGAGGCCAGGCUUCGGAGAGAGCGGGACUGGCUCUCUCGGUCGAGCAACAACACCGUCGUGAUUAUAGGUGAUAGGAAUAGGGUACAAACGCAGAACAGACAGGGCCAACAGACGAUGUACGCGAUACCGAGGAAUCGAAUGAUUCACCAGAACAGGCCUAGGUUAACGCACUACAUAGAAGAGCCGAAUGUAGGUUCCGGUUAUAUUAAAGAGUUGUGUUUCUCUGCCGACGGACGGUUGAUAUGUUCACCGUUCGGCUCCGGUGUACGGUUGCUGGCGUUCUCCGGCGACUGCUCGGAAUUAUCCAAUUGUGUUCCUCCGUUCGAGUCAGUGCAGCUGCACGAGCUGGCGACGAACGUCAGCCACUCCGGGAUCGUGGUCAGCACGAAGUUCUCCCCUAGGCAUUGCUUGCUCGUCUCCGGCUAUAGACAUUUGUGA